AAGUCUAUGGUCUUCCACGUAACCUCAAAUAAACAUAAACAAAGCAAAAAUUGCAAAAUCCUUCUAUUUUCAUAACUAUAUUGUAAAUUGGUGUUCUAACUAAACAACGAUAUUUCAUUAUGCAAAGAGAGAGGAGGGUUAACGCCGGGAACCGUUUGUCCAAACUGCUAGAUGAGGAGGAGGAAUGUCAAGAUGAGUUUUAUAAAACUAGUUAUGGAGGUUUCAUCGACAGUGAAUCUGAUAGAGAAUACGAAGCCGAAGAAGAAGGUGAAGAUGUAGUAGACUCAGAUUUCAGUAUUGAUGAAAACGAUGAACCCGUAUCUGAUAAUGAAGAGGAGGGCUCUAAGAAGAAAAGAAGAUUGGUUACUAAAGCAUAUAAGGAACCUAUUCCUUCACAAAACAAACCUAAACCAAAAGUUGACAAACCUCUACAAACCAGACCAAAAGUUUCACAACCAUCAAGUGACUACUACGAGAGAAAAUCAAUAAGAAAAUCAACUGCCGCCAAGUCUGCAGCAACACUCCAGAGACUAAAAGUGCGAACACUUGAAUCUCAAAAGAGACCGAGGCGAACUAGAGAAGAUGAGUGGGUUCCAACUCAAGAAGAAUUAUUGGAAGAGGCUAAAAUAACAGAAAUAGAAAAUCUCAAAUCGCUUGAAAAAUAUCAGAAAUUGGAGAGUGAAAAGAAAACCAAAAGAACAACUAAAAAAAUUACAAACGGACCUGUUAUCCAAUACAGAUCGGUACAAAUGCCACUAAUUGAAGAGCUUGAUGUAGAGAAAGGAGAAAUUAAAGGUGAGAAAGACAAAAGUGAAGUAUACGAAAGGACAUUUUUAACUUUUUUGAACGAUCCAAAUGAUGAGGUGUUCAAGAAGUACUUCAAAACAAAAAAGCCUCUCAAAAGAUUGAAAAACGUGAGAUGUACUGUAACAGGACAGCUGGCGAAGUACAUAGAUCCCGUAACUUGCGUCCCAUACUCCAAUGCUGCUAGUUUCAGGCUCAUUAGAGCAGCUUAUUAUCAGCAACUGGAAGCUCACGGGGACAAGAAUAAUGAAUUAGUGGCUAAUUGGCUGAAAUGGUACACCAAGAACAAAGAUAGUCUCAAAUCGGACCUUAUGAGGAAAGUUAGGACUUGAUGAAUGUUUUUUUUAUUUGAUGUACUGAAUAUGUAAUUAAAAUUUUUGCAAAU